AGGACGCGCCGAGGGGAUGCGCAACCAUCGUGGUGUUGACGGCGGGACUUGGCUCGCUACCUCGUCGCUUGGUUUGCUUUGUUACUUCUGCAGUUUUCAAGAUGGAUCAUAGAGUGCGGUGCUUCUUUGAUAUAGAAGUUGAUGGCAUUCCAUCUGGCCGAGUCAUCUUCGAGCUCUUCAGUGAAGAAUGUCCUAAAACAUGUGAAAAUUUUAGAGCUCUUUGUACGGGUGAGAUGGGAUUGGGUAAGACCACCAACAAACCACUUCACUAUCGAGGGGUAAAGUUUCACAGAGUGAUUAAGGACUUCAUGAUCCAGGCUGGAGACUUCUCAGCUGGAAAUGGCACAGGUGGCGAGUCUAUUUAUGGUGGACAUUUUGAAGAUGAAAGCUUUAAACUGCAGCAUGAUAUACCGUUUCUACUGUCCAUGGCUAACCGUGGGAAAGACACAAAUGGUUCACAGUUUUUCGUAACAACUCAACCCUCUUCGCAUCUUGAUGGGAAGCACGUCGUGUUCGGUCGUGUGGUGAGUGGAGAGGAGGUGGUGACUGCCAUUGAGAACCUUCCCGUGGACAACCGCAGCCGGCCGCUCCAGCCUGCAGUGAUAGCAAACUGCGGAGAGUUGAUUCUCCAGCGGUCAAGCAAAGUAAAAGAAAAGAAAAGGAAGAAAAAGAAGGAGUCAUCAUCAUCAUCAGACUCAGAUUCUGAUGAAAAAAAGAAAAAGAAGAAGAAGAAAGAAAAGAAACAGAAGAAACAUAAGAAGGCAGAGAGCUCUGACGAAGAAGGUGAAGUGAAGGAAGAUGAUAUCAAUGAGGAAGGUGAUUCAAGCAAGUUACGCACACAUCCAUUAGUGUCUGUCUCUGUCAUUAACCCUGAUGAAAUCCCAGAUGUCCCCAAAAACAGAUUUUUAUAUCGUGCUGGGCCAGAGAAAGAUGAGGAAGGCCGUAUGGAGAGGGGCAGAGACAGGACAAGGGCUGCAGUUCGAGCUUACACAAAGAGCGGGCGCAAGGUUAAAGGGCGAGGGUCUUUGCGUUAUCGCACACCUUCACGAUCAAGGAGUCGUUCUCGGAGUGUCACACCACCUCACUGGCGGCAGGCACAGCGACGCACCAUCUCCUAUGAACAGCUGCAGAAGAGGAAAGAAGACAAAAUAAAAAGAGAAGAGGACCGUCAAGUACGGCAACAGGAAAGGGAGCAGGAAAUUGAGGAGCGGAGGCGGAGGCGGGAGGAACGUCAUCGAGAGAAUGAGGGCCACGAUGGCAGGAAUCCAGACAUGGGGAAUCGUCCCGACACUUUUGGCCGGGAUUUUGGAAGAGGAAACUGGCGAGAGAACCGUGACAAUAUGAGGAGAGGUUUUCGUGAUGGAAGAAAUCCUCAGGGUUGGCGCAAUGGGAGGGAAAGGACAAGAGGGGAACAGGACUGGCGUGAAGCGAGAGAAAGGACUCGCACAGAAGAUGACUGGCGUGAAGGAAGGAAUCGUGACCAGAGAGGAGAUCGUGGAGAUGAUCAUGGUCACAGAGGGGAUCUGCGUGAGAAGAUACGAAACCAACGUGAUAGAUUUGUUCCAGGCCAUGGGGAUUCUGGUGAAAACAACCAGUCUCAGAAAAGAGAAGAGGAGUCUGAUGAAGACACUGGGUCAAAAUCACAGAGAGAAGACAAGGAGAAACAAAGAAGCAAGGACAAACAAGAUGACUUGGAUGAAACUGCCUUGGAUUAUGAGGCUAUGGACAAUGAUGAUGAUGAUGAUGAUGAUGAUGAUGAUGAUGAUGAUGAUGAAGGAGAAGCAGCCAAGAAGAGCAAUGGCACAGUGAAUGAAGAACCCAAAAGCCAUGACCAGUCUCCCGUUGCAAAUGAGGGUGCAGCAGCUGAGAAAGUAGAAGAAAAAAAUGCAGUAAAGGAUCAGAAGAAGGAUGAAGCAAGUGAUCUUAAGAAGGGGAGCAGGGAUCGCAGUGGCAGGGCUCACUCUCAUGACCGAAGAGGCAGGGACCGCUCCAGGUCACGGGACAGACGCCAGGACAGGUUUCGCAGCAGAAAGGACCGCUCCAGGGAGAGGCAGAACAGACCCCGUGACAGACGGGGACGUUCAAGGGAUAGAAACAACCGUCGUGACCGGUCAAGGGACAGGUCACGUAAUAGAUCAAGGGACAGGUCACGAGACCGAUCCAGGGACAGGUCAAGGGACAGGUCAAGGGACAGGUCAAAGGACAGGUCAAGAGACAGGUCAAGAGACAGGUCAAGAGACAGGUCAAGAGACAGGUCAAAGGACAGGUCACGAGAUAAGAGAGAUAGGUCCCACAGUAGAGAUAAGACCAAUGAGAGAAGGAGAAAGUACUCUUCUGGAAGUGAUAGCAGUGAUAGUGACUGAUGUAUUGGCAAGAGAUGGAGAGAGAGAAAUCACUCCUAAAACACACAUUUCACUUUGCUUGUAACAUUGUGUCCAAUAAAUUUUGGAAAUAUCUUGGAUUUCAAAAUUGAUAUACAUGUUAAGUUUUUUUUUUUUUUUUUUUAGUAGGAUUUUCAUUGUGAUAUGUGGAAUAUGGUAACUGUGAUUGAAUGAUUUGGUAAUGUUUAAUGUGGAUGUUACAUGUUACAACUGAAAUACAGGUGAUUACCAUUAAAAUUAAAAUGAUUAUUUACCUUGUCAGAUAUCUUUCCUUAUAGAAAGCAGAAUUUGAUAUAAUGGACAAUACUUACAGAACCCACAAACACAUGAGCAAGAGUACACAAUUAGAAAUGCACUGCUCACAAAAGAAGCCAGUCUAAGAAAUGGUGGAGUGUGUGAAAACUGGUGGAAUUUUUUUCAUGGUGGUUAGAAAACUGAAGGAAAAGUGAUGUAAUGUUUUUAUGGUAAUUAUUAUUAUUGUAAUACUCUCUUUCCUACAGCUCAUCAUUUUUAUCAUCAUGUAACAGAUUUUUAUUUUUUUUUACUACAGUAUUAUCACUGUUACUUUUUUACUGUUGUGACUGAUGUUUGUGCUUUGUUUUUGCAGCAUGUUUGAAGAUGUGAUGUACCAUUGGCUUUAUUUUUUUGUAUUGAUUGUAUGUGAGAUGUAUACAAAGAAUUAAAAAAAAAAAAAAAAAAAGAAUUUAAAAUCACACACUGGUCAGAUGCUGUAAUGGCAUCAGAAAACCAACUAAAAGUGGAAUUGUGGGGAGUCAGGUAGGUUUUAUUAAGACUAAAUUUUCAGGAAUAAAAAGGUGGCAUGUCCCUAAAUUUUGGGAUCAGACAAAGUUUUGAUAAUACAAAAAUGUCCAUAUUUUAAGGUAGUUUCUUUGAGAAAUAUAAAUUAUUUGAUAUUGAGCUGGCCAAACAUAGUUUUGUAGCAGUAGAUCUACCAAAUCAUUUAUGGCCCAGUAUCCACAUAUGUAUCACAUAAGGUCAAGUAGUGUACUUUCAUUUGUUUUUUUAGACCUUGGGAGAUAAUUGUGUGUGUUCUUUCUCAAUCUUUAACAGAAAAUUAAGUAUAUGUGCUAUGAAUAUUGACUGACUCCUGAUAUAAAAUAUUAAUCCUUGAAAAAUAAAAGUGAAAGAUAA